AUGUCACCUCCAAAACAGAAUAUUCUCUUCCUCACAAGCCCAGAGCAUGGACAGUCCAACGUCGCACUUGCAGUGACCGAAGAGUUUCUGCGCCGUGGCGAGUUCGAAGUCCACAUCGCCUCCUUCAAAGACCUAUUGCCUCGUGUGCAAGAAAUAAAUGAUCAAGCGGGUUACGACCAAGUUAUUCACUUUCAUCCAAUUGCAGGCCCGGGCAUGUCCGAGAUCGUGACCCGUACAACACCAGAUAUAACUCAUCUGCCAGGGCUUGCCGGAACGCGUGAUGCAUGUAACAUAAUCAACAUAUCCGUGCUAGGAUGGAAGCCUGACGAGUAUAUACGAUCAUAUCGAAGCUCUCUCGAGAUUUUGAAAGAUGUCCGUCCAGUCGUCGUGGUUGCAGAUCCAUUAUUGCAUUUAGGACUGGAUGCCGCUCGCAGUAUUGACACACGAAUUGUGAUACUUUGGCCUGUGCCUUUGAAAGAUGUGGUGGUAACUGUGCAACCGAAAGCUGGCAUAUUUUGGAAAUACCCCCUCACCGGGUCAGGAUAUCCAUACCCCCUACCAUGGAGCCUGAUUCUUGCCAACAUAUACAUGGUAUUUUGCUUCGGUUAUAUUGUUCGGUUGGGCAAGCCCAUGCGCGAUCUUUUGAACAUUCGAAAGAAAGCAGGAAUCCGGACUGAAUUCCCCCACGUGGCGCCUUAUUGCGAAGACCACCUACACCUCUCGCCAUCAUUUCGAGAGAUGGACUAUCCGUUAUACGUCCCGGAGAAUGUCAUCAGCUGCGGUCCGAUCCUCCGGUCAUCUUUAUCACUUAUAGAAAGCGACCCUGCAUUGAAUUCGUGGUUGAAGGAGCCAACAAUUCUGAUAUGUCUUGGGUCACAUGUCCAAGCUCCAGAUAAUGAUGCAAUGCAGAUGACGAUGGCGAUCCAGGCCGUUUUGAGUGAGUUUCCUAAUAUGCAGGUCUUGUGGAAGCUCAAAUAUGACUGGGAAAGCUCCCCGACGGUCAAGAAUGUUCUCGGACCUCUUGUCAAUUCUGAUAAAGUGAGAGUUGUCCCAUGGAUCAAGCCGGAGAUCAUAUCUGUUUUGGAAGACGGUGAUAUAGUCGUAUAUGUCCAUCAUGGAGGAGCGAACUCAUUUUUCGAGGCGUGCAAGGCUGGUGUUCCCCAGGUCAUUCUCCCCCAGUGGUUCGACACAUACGAUUGUCCGUCCCGAGUAGAGUGGCUAGGAAUCGGCUUACACGGAAGCCGCAAUGUGGCACCGAAAAUCAACGGAUCAGUGCUGUCUUCAGCCCUGCUGCAAAUACUAAAGGAUAAAGGGAUUCAGGCCCGGGCCAGAGCCAUUGGAGAUUUGUGCAAGAGGACCGAAGGACGCGUAGUUGCUCAUGAUCAGAUCGUACAAUAUGCCAAGAAAUAG